UGUAGUGACUGUGGAGGCUAUUCGCAUUGUUGUGGGAAAGAACUCCGGUCCUUCCGCUCACCAGGCAAACACUCUAUCCACUAGACCACGGAUGCGGUUUGAAGCUGAGGAAGACGGCACCGCACCAUGCGUCAUACUGUUGAACGCGAUAGCAUCAUCGGGCAAUAUAAGGACAGAAGAAUGUGGUGUUGUCACAACGUUGACGAAGCCGAGGAGGACAAUGAUGAAGUUCACUUUGCUGCUGCUGGUGGUGUUGCUUGGGUCGGUGAUGGUAGAGGGAGAAGGGUCCUCAGAUCAUACCUUCGUGGUGAAGUCGGACUGCGACUCUACCUACCUCGCCAUUCACGCUUACUACACUCUGUGUCUGGUGGACAUAGGGACGGAUGCCCCACUGUCAGCCGCGGACAAACAAGCCAUCGUGGACAAGCACAACACGUACAGAAGUAAUGUGUCACCGACUGCCACCAAUAUGGUCAAAUUGACGUGGGAUGACAACAUUGCAACAUAUGCAGCCAAGUGGGCUCGCCAGUGCUAUGGGGGCCAUGACGCAUAUGCCGCAAGAUCACUUUCAACUAUGCCCGGAGUGGACAUAGGACAGAAUGUAGGUGGUGGCUACGACAGCAUCAUGAAGGCGUUAGAAGGCUGGCAUGAGGAGGUUGACGACUUUGAACACGGCGUCGGAAACAAAACAGUUGGCGCGGUUGUAGGCCAUUACACCCAGGUUGUGGGGUUCAGAGCCAUCCGCAUCGGCUGCGGGGAAGCCACGUGUACAGGAGCGAAAUAUAGUCGUUAUCAAGUGUGCAACUACGCGAUCGGUCAACAGACGCCAGACGUCAAGACUCCAUAUGAGAAGGGAACUUCGUGCAGUAAAUGUCCCGCGGACAAGUGCUCCAACAAUCUCUGCGAUUGCGGAGACAAGCUGUGUCUGAAUGGCGGCUCCUUGGACACCAGCACCUGCUCGUGCACGUGCACCGGCAUCUGGACAGGAAACACGUGCACUGAAAAGGCAUGUGGAGCCGAGAAGGCCUGGUGCCCAAAUGUGCCGUCACUGCAGUGGUGUAAGGAUUACAGCAACAUCCCCGUGGAUUGCCCGAGGUUCUGUGGUGUGUGCUGAAUGUUGGAUGGCGCUGCCCAAACGAUCGCAUACAGAAUAGUUGAACUGUCAUGAUGAUUGACUCAGAAUAAAGCCAAUCUGGAUGUGUGUUUCAUGUGUA